AUGUUGGCACUUCUGCACCGCGACCCAUCUCGCUUUAACAUAGUCUACGCCUGAUGAAGGUUGGCGAUUCUGAACUAUAAAGAUUGGCUAAGUAAAGUAUUGAUUUUUAUACGUGUAAAUGACACAAAAUACGUUACCGUGCAUUUCGAUCAAAGGCAAUGCAAAAACGAUAAUGCAACCUGUUAAAUGUUAAUUGAUUACGAUGGAGUUGCGCGAGGCCAAUCAAGUUUUCGACGUCGCGGAGGAAGAAACCACUGAAUUAUUGUCGCCGUCUCAUCGGGAUAACCUCCAAAUUGAAAGUUAUUUUAUUCGGUAUGCUAUUCAAAAGGAGAUGAUAAAUCGCAAUCGUUGUUCCGCCAGUCGUCGUUUGCUCGGUCAAACUGCCGCUUCUCAUUUGACAGAUUUUAAUCUUCUGAAUGGUAAUCAUCAAAAGGACACGACACCAUGCAUCAGUAUGAUUCACACUUCCAACGCGAACUGGCCUCCUUCCAGAAAAAGAGAAGAGGCAAGAGCGUUGGAAAAUCUACGCAAACGCGUCGAACAGUCUAAAUUGUAUAAAGCCGAUCGAGAGACUUCUGCUCCUUUCCUAUCCGAUAACGAUCAUCGUGUUACCCGACUCGAUAAUCGACCCAAACUUUUGGAAAAGAGUCGUUCGAUUUCUCUUAACGAAAAAAAACAAACGAACAUGGAAGCGAAACAAAAAGAAUUGAUGGCGCGCGGUCUCCCUAAGCAGAAACCUUUAAAAGGUGUGAAACAAAUUGUUGUUGUAGCAUCCGGAAAAGGUGGAGUUGGAAAAUCUACCGUUGCUGUAAAUUUAUCGACCGCGCUAAAAAUUGUUGAGCCAAAAAAAUCUAUCGGUUUGCUCGAUGCUGAUGUAUUUGGACCAUCAGUACCCUUGAUGAUGAAUUUGAAAAAUUCUCCUGUAGUUAAUGAUGCGAAUCUUAUAGAACCACUUUUAAACUAUGGUGUAAAGUGCAUGUCUAUGGGUUUUCUAAUCGAUGAUAAAUCUCCAGUAAUUUGGAGAGGAUUAAUGGUAAUGAGCGCAAUUGAGAAACUAUUACGCCAAGUAGCAUGGGAUCCUUUGGAUUAUCUUAUCGUAGACACUCCACCUGGAACAGGAGAUACGCACCUUUCGAUUGUGCAAAAUCUUCCAGUUACGGGUGCAUUGUUGGUAACUACGCCUCAAAAAGCAGCCCUGGAAGUAACAGCGCGAGGAGCAAAUAUGUUUAAACGAUUGAACGUUCCAAUUAUUGGAAUCGUAGAAAAUAUGAGCAAUGUUAUAUGCCCCAAAUGUAACAAUAAAAUAACGCUUUACGAUAAUGGAACAGAAACUUUUGCUCAAGAACUUGAUUCGUCUAUGAAAAUGAAUGAUAACAAUCAUACUAGCAUCCAUUCUGAUGCGAAUGCUGAAGUUUAUGACAUUCCAAUGAACGUUCUUAUUAGGCCUAUUCCUCCAAUUGUGGAUGAAAAAAAAGUUGAAAGUUUGGCAAAUACAUUGAAUAAUCCGGAAACAGAAUCAUUAGUACCACCGAUCGAUGUUUUAUGGGUUAAAGGUAGCGAAGGGGGCGAUUACUAUUACUCUUUCGGCGGGUGCCAUCGAUAUACGGCUCAUCAAAGGCUUGGAAAACCAUAUAUAAAAGCUAAAUUGAUACGAUCAACAAUGGCGGAUCUGAAAUGUUAUCUUGGUGGUUCUAUGCCAAAUUUAAAAUAAUGCUGUAACAUUUGUAUGUUGUUGCUUUACAGUUUUGCUUAUUUUAUGUAAAAAAAAAAAAAAUAAAAAUUAUAAUUACAUAUUAAGUAUAAAUAUCGAAAUAAUUAUAACAUUUCCUGUUAACGUGUACAAGUUUCAAUUUUAAAUCUUUAUAUUAUAGUUUUCGAUCAUGUUUGAAUGCAUUUGUACACAUAUUAAGUGGUUUUAUUUCAAAACAUGUAAUAAAAAUGUAUAAGAUAAUAGUUUUUUUAAUAAUACAUGUACAUUGAAUCUGUGUAAUAUAUGUUCUGAAUAAUUUAUAACAAAUAACGUUAUUAGCGUUCCUCGUACGAUAUAUUUUUAUUUUGUAAUCGUAACGUUAGCGAACUGUUUAACUGUAAAAAAAAAACAAGAAAUAAGAUUUUAUAUAAAGAUUUAUAUGCACUAAUAAUUAUCUUUAUAUAUUUUAAUAAUUAUCUUUUAUUAUUAAAGAGUUGAAAAUCUUUCGAGAGUGUCGAAACUUCUAUGUAUAGUACAUUUACGUCGAUUUAUAUGUAUACAUAUCUAAGUCGUAUUAAAUGUGUAUAUGCUGCGUGUGCAUUUUUUA